AGAGAAUCCGUCGGACUGCUAACAGUGUUGCACGAUGUCAGAACCCUUAAGAGACAGCUUGCUAACGCUGCCUGUAAUUAAAAUAGUACACUUUGCUUGAUUGUGUGAUUCAACCCAGUGGCAGAUGAUUUAAAUGUUGUGAUGAUGGCUGAUGACAAUGAUUGCCCAGAGUUGGUGCCCAUCGAUGCCCGGCCUGAUGGUCCUGCAGAGCAGAUCCCCGUCACUAUCAUCACUGGUUAUCUUGGUGCUGGAAAGACCACGCUGCUGAACUACAUUUUAACAGAACAACACAAUAAACGGAUUGCUGUCAUACUCAAUGAAUUUGGAGAAGGUAGUGCUCUUGAGAAGUCCCUGGCAGUGAGCCAUGCGGGGGAACUUUAUGAGGAGUGGCUGGAGCUGAGAAAUGGCUGCCUGUGCUGCUCUGUCAAGGACAAUGGCCUUAAAGCUAUUGAGAACCUGAUGGAGAAGAAGGGAAAGUUUGACUAUAUCCUCUUGGAAACCACAGGACUUGCUGAUCCAGGUGCCGUGGCCUCCAUGUUCUGGGUUGAUGCAGAGCUUGGCAGUGACAUCUAUCUGGACGGCAUUGUGACCGUCGUCGACGCCAAAUAUGGACUGCAGCAUAUAACGGAGGAUAAAGGUGAUGGUCUUGUGAAUGAAGCAGCAAGGCAGAUUGCGCUGGCCGACCUGACUAUUAUCAACAAGACUGAUCUGGUGGCGGAAGAGGAGCUCGCUCAAGUCUGUGAUGCUGUCAGGUCAAUAAAUGGUGUGGCCAAGCUCCUGGAAACCCAGAGAUCAAGGGUGGACCUCUCUGAAGUUCUCGAUCUUCAUGCCUUUGACAGUAAGGAUGGCACAAAUUUAUCCGAGAAGCUGCAGAUUUUCAAACCGACAAGACCUCAUCUUGACAAGAGUAUUUUAACAGUGACGUUUGAAGUGGUUGGAAGUCUUUCGGAGGAUGCCCUAAAUGUUUUCAUUCAGGAUCUCCUUUGGGAAAAGACGCUGAAAAACAAAGAGGGGCAACCCAUGACAGUCAUCCGCUUAAAGGGAAUAGUGUCGCUGGCGGCUAAAGCCCACCAAGUCAUGCUGCAGGGGGUCCACGAGCUGUACGAGCUCAAUGAGACUCUCCAGCUGUGGGAGGAGCACCCACGGAUCAGCCGACUGGUCUUUAUAGGAAAGAACCUGGACAAAGAUAUUCUGGAACAACAGUUCAUCUCCACUGUGGUACAAAUAGAUGAAUAAUCAGAUGAGGGCACGCUCAAAACAGAGGAGCAGCGCAGCUCUUCGGGUUUGGUUUCUGUUAUUAACUGACGAUAAUGAAGCACACUAGUGGUUAGCUAAUGUUAACAGGAUGUCCAGAAUAAGAAAACUGUGUUUUUCAUUUAUGAAGACUGCUUCUAUAAACACCGAUACUACUACUACUAAUAAUAAUAAUACUAAUAAUGUACUGUGUUACAAGCGCCUAAGAAAAUUCAAAUGAAGUAGAUUUGCAUCAUUGCUGUCCAAUGAACAACGUACAGUAUCUUCACAUGUGUUUUUUCCCCCUUUUAACUGAAACAUGAAGAAAAAAUGUUUGCUGUUUUUAAUUUUAAAAAACUCCAAAAGAUGGCUAUAAUUGGAUUUCAUUGAGGGGGGAAAAAAAGCUUUUUGGUUUUCAUGGUUCGGAUAAAACAGGAAAAAAUAUACAAUUUGGCGUUACUCGCUUUUCGUGGGACACGGAUGUGUUGCUUGCUUUAGAACUCAUGUCAUUUUUUAACUUUUACUAAUUUAUGUGGUCGUUUUUGUCACAAAUUUUAAUAUGAAGUCAAACUUCCCACUUCAUUAAACUUUGCAAAUUAA